AUGGCCCUCUAUCUGUUAGCAGAUAACAUGCUGUGGAUCGGGAGAGUUGGCCUAGCAAAAAUCAACAAAGCAAAGUGGUCCGAAAUUAGUUACAAACUGUGGUUAUAUGCACUGAUAAUGAAUCUGAUUCGCGAUGCCUAUGAGAUAUUCCAGUUGAUUCAGAUUCAUACCAGCAGAUGUUCCACGUAUCCAUAUUUGCCAAACUAUAUGGAAUUUAAAGAUCAACUACCAAGUGAUAUGUUAUACAACAGACUCAGAACUAUUUUGCAGUGGAUGAUAGUUCACAAGGACGUAACGCUGGAUACUAUACGAAACGGAUGCGAUUUCUGGAUCCCGUUUUCCUCUCUGGGAUACGUAAAUUUAUCUCCAGGCUUGGUGGGAUUUUUGGGAGUGGUGUCAUCUCUAUUAGGCAUGAUUCCCAUAGUGGAUGCGUCGUACAAGCUAGUACCCAGUUAG